AUGGCGGCUGACGAGAAAUUCAUGCCGCUAGAAGAGCGCAAGGCACUCCGUGCGGAACUGGCGGCAGGGGACGACUACCCUUUUAUGCUCGCCCUCCCUAAAGUUGAGCUACAUCUCCAUAUCGAGGGCACCCUGGUCCCGGAGUUGCGAUGGAAAAUCGCUCAGCGCAACAAGAUGACGCUUAUAAACCCACGUAGCAGUCAACCCUACGAGAGUGUGGAACAGCUGGCCGCUAACUACGAAACCUUCACGUUCUUCGAGUCCUACUACGAGGGGUUCAAGGUCCUGUUGACGAAACAGGACUAUUUCGACCUGGCGAUGAAUUACUUCGAGAGAGCAGCGGCCAUGAAUGUGCGCUAUGUCGAGGUAUUCUUCGACCCACAGGGCCAUACGCAGCGGGGGGUUUCGUGGGACACGUUUAUGAGCGGGUUCAAGGAGGCCAGUACAAAGGCAGAGCAAGAGCUGGGAGUCAGGUCGGCGUGGAUUAUGUGUAUCCUCCGUGACGAGUCCCCGGAGUCGGCCAUGGAGCACUACGAAGCGGCGCUGGACUACCGCGACAUGAUCAUCGCGCUGGGUCUUGACUCGGUCUCAUACAAGCUGCCGCCGUCACUGUUCGAGAACGUCUGGUCACGAGCCCGAGCCGACGGCUAUUUCAAGCUGACCGCCCACUGUGACAACGGUGCCGAAGAGGACGUCUGGGACCACAUCCGCGAAACUGCUUGUCAAGUGGGUGGCUACGGAGCCGACCGAAUUGACCACGGUGUCGACGCGGCCGACGACGCGGCCCUGAUCAAGAUCAUCAAGGAGCGCGGCUUAGGCUUGACUCUCUGUCCAUGUGCGUAUCUACGCCAUUAUCCCGUGGAGGCCAUGUACUCCAAGAUCGCGCUGUUAUACAAAGAGGGCGUCAAGUUCUCGAUCGGUAGCGAUGAUCCGGCAUAUAUGGAUGACAACUGGCAGGUCAACAAUAUGCUUGUCGUCAAGCAUAAGUGCGGCCUGAGUGACGAGGACAUGGUUGUGGUAUGCAAAAAUGCAGUGGACAUGUGUUGGAGCACGGCGGAAGUGAAGAAAGCCAUAUCUGAAGAGAUUGACCAGGUGUGGGAGAAGUAUAGAAAGUAA